GUCGGUUGGUCGGUCGGUCCCUCGCCGCCAUGCUAGUGGUUAGUUUAGUGAAUCAAACAUCAUGAUGUGGCAAAACGUUUGCAGCACAAGUUAAGAUUAAAAUAAUAAUACGCCGCGUACCGGCGAGCCGUCGUAAUGCUGCAUAUAAUAACGUUCGAUAACCGUAAAAUAUACCCGUGUACAGUACAAAACGCCAACGAUUAAACCGCGCGACAUUUAAUCUCGAUGUAAAUUUAUAUAUGUACAUAAUAUAUACAUGUAUGUAUGCAUACGGAAUACAUACACGAAAAGAGCGUCCGAAAAACUACUACGUUACAUAUAAUAUAACGUAUACGACAUUAUUAAUAAUUUUAAUAAAACAAUAAUUUCACGUAGUCAAUAAGCCACUGAUAUACUAUACGGGUUGUCCUCGCAAACGCAUACACACGAUGCUGGAUCCGAGCGUACUAACAGAUCUAGAGGAGCUGACGCUGUGUAGUUAUUGCAAGCAGAAAUUUAACGACACGGAACAAUGCCCAAAGUACCUGAGCUGCAAGCAUCACUUCUGCUUACGAUGUAUAGAAAACAAUCUGGUUAAGGGGCGACAACUAGUUUGUGCCCAUUGCUGGAAGUCAACUGAACUUGGACAUCAAGGACCCGAUGCUCUACCCACACAUUCCUCUCUACUCGCCCUCGCCAAUAACUUUUCGCACCUUAAAAUCAACUCUAACAACAUCACAGCUAACAAACCCACCGAUAAGGAAAGAAAGAGUGAGAACUGCCACACACAUGGUAUGCCAUUGGCAUUAUGGUGUGCAACUUGCUGUUUGGCGCUCUGUCGAGCCUGCGCCACACCGCAGGAACAUCCUGGUCACCAAAUUAAAUCACAUACAGAUGCCAAAGAUCAACUCAUAACCGACGUUCAACACGAAUUGGUAGCAAUUCGAAAACUAUCGACGGAGAUUCAGAGACUGGUUAUGCAGCAGCGAGAGUUCUUAAUAAAAGUGUUAGAGGCCUGCGUUACGCUGAAGACACGAGUAGAGACAGAUUUGCAAAAUGGGUGGAGCUACUAUCCAGAAAUAACAGAGGCACGAGAAACGCUGGGAGAGGCCAAGGCGAGUCUGCAGAUGAUUGAAAACCCCGGUGACAUUUACAACUUGCAUACCCAACUAAUUUUAAAGAAACAAAGGUUGCAAGCCAAGUAUCAAGAGGCUACAGUGCAAUGUCAACUUGACGAUUUAAUCGGUAAUUCAGGUGUAGUAUUCGACUUUACCCUGUUGAAACAAGCCUUGGCUAGCAUAAACAUGGGUGAACCCGCCAUACCGCAACCUCCGGGUGGAAGCAGCAGACUACACGGUCACCUAGCAGCUUCCCAAAACCCGAUAUUGUUCCUGGCAAACUACUGUAUGUCUCAACUAUACUCGAGGCACAUGGCCAACAAACAGCACGUGCAAAAUGGGUCCAUUGAAUUUCAUCCUAACAUGAUACCAGCACAACCUCCUCCUCCUCCAUUGCACGUUCAUCAAGGCCCUCCACCUCCAUCGCAAAUACUAGUACCCACUGGGUCGCCAUCCGUGACACAACCACCACCGGCACAACCGAAUACGAUACUCCAUCCCCAACAACAGUCCGCGUUUAUUACCGAGGUUGGCACCAGCAGCGGUGCUUUGGUUGCAGUUCAUUCACCUCCUCAACCACCGCCAGGCACCAUACCAACGACGAUGAGAGGCCCCCCUAAUCCAUAUCCCCUUUACUAUUUCAAUAUCGAUGUUAACGGAGCUCCACAAGGUAGAAUUGUGAUAGAAGUUAGACCGGAUGCAGCGCCAAAGAUGGCAAAGAAUUUCAGCGUGCUUGCAACAGGUGAGAUAGGGGUCGGAUACAAGGGCUGUACGAUAUUUCAAUGCUGGGAAGGAGAGUCGGUGAUAACCGGAGAUUUUGAACUAAACAAUGGACGCGGAGGUAGAAGUAUAUUCGAAGAUGGAUUUUUCAUGCCCGACGAUACAAAGUUUCCAGCAGUAAGAGGUGCUGUAGGUAUGAGAAGAACGCAAAAACGACACGAUAACUUGGGGAUGGUUGGUUCCCAAUUUCGUAUAAUAUUACAGGAAAUGAGGGGGUUCACUGGGAUAUUUGGCCAUGUAGUAGAGGGUUUGGAUUUAGUGGAAAAAAUUUCAACCUACGGUGAUCAGACUGGUAAACCGACGAAAACUAUUCUGAUUACUAAAUCUGGUAAACUGUAAUGAUUAUGUUGAUGCGCCGAUAUCAAAGUCUAUAUUUUCGUGAUAGAAAGAGAAAUUAGGGAAACGGCUAGAAAAUUCUAUAGGUACGAUUGUAAAUGUUGCAUCGCUAUAAAUGAUGUUUUGUCGUAUGCGCCUCUGGUGCUCUGUACGUUAAGUCACAACUUAAUUACUAUAUAUAACAAUAGAAUCUAAAGAAGUUGAAUCUAUUUUUUGAACGUGGUCGCAUUCAAAUAAAAAUCCAUAUUUUGCUAUUGAUUGGGAUUUAACAAGGUUCUAUGAUCUACAAAGGAUCGAUACAUAUGUACCUCGAAAAUUGAUCGUAAUAUCAAUACAAGUAGCUAGCUAUAUAUGAAUACGGGAUUUUUCUUUUAGAAGAAGUUCGUCAUUUAUUUUGGCUAUCGAAAUAUUUUAUCUAGAUUUGAAUCUGUCUGCAAACGUCAGUAAACGACAGAAUUAUGGAACUCCUUGCGUCUUACAAUUGGGAGUUAGUCUAUAAAUGGAAUCUAUGUUAUAAGCGGACAAUGAUAUAUUUUUAGAUGAGGGCUAAUUUUUGGCCGAGAUCCGACAAGUUCGUUAUUAGAACGUACAUGAACGUACAGUUUGUGUGGAAUUAAUCCCAAGCGGUUAGAAAAGGGACCUACGUAUCUUCAUUAAGUGACUGUUGUAUAUCGCAGUGAGAAUGAACAUGAUACACAUGUAUCGUGUAUACAUGAUAUACUCUUUUCAGAUAGGUUUCAUUUUCAUCAUUAGUUUUUAAGUCUCAAAGGUAGUAUAUCCCGCCUCUCGUUCCGUGUUACAAAUAGUGAAGCGUCAUUGUAAUCGAAAUUGUGUUGAAAAAAUUAGAUCUCAAUAUACAAUGUACAAGAAGGCCUAACUAUAAUAUAGUAUAUAGAAAAAUAUUAAACGUCUCUCGUAAUAUCUGGUCGAAAACGAAUGAAUAUAAGCGAAUAUAUUAAUCGAAUCAUUCCUUGAUACUGUAUAUCGAAAUGCUACGAAUAUGUAAUAUGUUACUAUAGUCGUGUAAAACCCGUCGUUAUGUAUUAUAAUACUAUUAUUAUUAUUAUAAAUAUUAUAGUAUCUGCUCGUCCUCGUUGUCGUCGCAAAAUGCCUUUUUUGGAAACCUCAAUUGAUGUUGAACUUGAAAGUUUUAACUCUUGUUAAUUAGCUAAUAACGACUAUAACCACGUGUACCGCAUUACGAUAAAUUAUAAAUACCGUUAUGAAUAUCGAUUAAAAGGUGGCCACUCCGAAUUCCUUCCUCUUUUCAAUGUUGUGUUAGAAAAAAAAUAUAUCACUUAGGCUCGACGUACCUAACGACUAACUUUGACUUGAGCGAAGUCAGUGGCCAACCUGUACAUAGAUAACGAAUGAAAAAUAUAUAUAUAUACACACACACCCACAAACAUACUUUUCUGAAUGUGACAAAGCAGUAGCAUAUAGCUUAUACUACAGAUAUCGGAUACCGUCGAUUUAUCCUUGCCUUUGUCUUUGAUGGAAACGAUUAUACUUUGUAAAUUAUCAUAUAUUUUCCCCCAUAUACAUAUAUGUAUCUAUAAAAGUUAAUUAAAUUGUUUGUUUUUUUACAUUUCCUCUGCCAACUAUACAUUUUAUAGGAAAUAGUACGUUUACCACUUCGUCUAAUUGUGGUAACAUGAAUCAAAGAACCAAAUUAGUAAAAAUAAUAAUAGUUGUAUAUGUACAAGGUAAACGAUCGUUACCUAAGACAUGCUGUAGAUUUAAUCGACCAUUUUCCAGUUAUAAACUGUUGCCAUUCUUAACAAUGCAAGUACUUCACUUGGUCCAACUUUUAGUUUUAUAUUUUCAAAUUUAGGUUUAUUACUGUAUUAGUUAAAAAAAACCGAAUAGCUUGUUGCGACAAAAGUAUAUUUAUAAUCUACUAUGGAAGAUAAUGAAUAUGAAAAGAGAUAAUUAAGAGCUUGUUAUGGGAGAAGUAAAACUUGCCACAUAGGGAUUAUAAAAGCAGAUCAUAAUUAUAGAGGAAAUUGAAAUGUGAAUGUUUGAUCUUCAGGUAAGAGGGUGUAAAAACAGUAUAUCAUUUAUUCCAAAAAAUUCCCUCUUUCCAGAAUUUCGAAAUUGAUAACAAAUUUUCAAUUUCUCUACUAUUCCAAAUCAUACGACUGUCUGAAUGUGUUGGAUGUUACAAGACGGUGUGUGGUGAAUUAAAUUUGCAACGAAUGAUUAGAGAUUUAUGGCUCGCAGUAGUUGAGAAAUUCAAAAUAGUAGUUGAAAUUGAAUAUAUAGCCACUGUUAUCAGCAGCAGAAAUAUGAAUAAAUAUAUGUAUACAAAAGAAUAUAUGUAUAAAUGCGAUGGUAAAAAAAAAAAAGUUAAAUGUAAAACGAAUUCGAAUAUCACCGUUGGAAAUAAUUAAGUUACAUGGUAAGAAAAUUCUUAAUAUCACAAAGACAUGUUACUAAAAUCGUUGAAGGUCGUAUAACCGAAGGAUUGUGAGCAUUUCAAUGAUGCUGUAAUUGGCGAUUUACUUUUUAACGAGAAUAAACGGUGAUUAUAAAAAUUAAUGUUAGACGACCUCAUCAUUGUAAAACAUGUGAACCAUCCAAUGUAUAUGUGCGCGAAAAAAAAUGUUCGAAAAUAAAAUAAGUACGUGACGGAAACUUAA